GUGUUGGCAGUCUACAGAAUGCACGGUUUUGGUCUUGGAGCAGGUGCCUUAGGGUAGACCUCACAUCUCCACUGGUGGGUUAAUGGUGGGAUGUGAGGCUGUCUCCCCUCCUCCCACCCCUUCUUCCCUCUGCUCUCUCUUUAUCUUGCUGUCUCCCAGAGGGAGGGCGCUCUCUGAAGGUUCGGCUUUUUUUUUUUUUCGUCCUCCUUUUGAACAAGUCUAUCUUACAACGUCAGGGAGGUCAUUAAUAACCAAUUAGGAGGGUCAUUCGGGCCCAUAUAAAGAGGGUAGGGCUUUAACAAGGAGGAAUCUGGCAAGUCUGCUCUUUGGAAGAGGCAGAGUCUGCUCCAGGGGUCCACUACUGCACUCCUCAGUCCUCAGGCAGAUUGGUGAGAGCUCAGGAGUGUCUAGCGGUACCUGCACACCCUGGGUAGCACCUGCAGCCAGGUGAACACUGUGCCAACCUACCAGAAGUCUCGCCAGACCCAUGAUGGGCUCAGUUCUUCCCGCAGAAGCCCUGGUGCUGAAGAGUGGCUUGAAGCAGCCAGGACUGUCCCUGGCUGAGAUGAUCACCUCAGAUAUCCUUCACAGCUUCCUUUAUGGUCGCUGGAGGAACGUCCUGGGGGAGCAGUUGUUUGAAGAGAAGAAUAAUCACAGCAGUCCCAAAACUGCCUUCACAGCAGAGGUCCUGGCGCAGUCCUUUUCUGGAGAGGUCCAGAAGCUGUCCAGCCUGGUCCUACCAUCAGAAGUGAUCAUUGCCCAGAGUUCCAUACCGGGAGAGGGACUAGGCAUCUUCUCCAAGACUUGGAUUAAAGCCGGAACUGAGAUGGGACCGUUUACUGGUAGAGUCAUCUCGCCCGAGCAUGUGGACCUGUGUAAGAACAACAACCUGAUGUGGGAGGUAUUUAAUGAGGAUGGCACUGUGCGCUAUUUUAUCGAUGCCAGCCAGGAAGACCAUCGUAGCUGGAUGACUUAUAUUAAGUGUGCCCGGAAUGAGCAGGAGCAGAACCUGGAGGUGGUGCAGAUUGGGAACAGUAUCUUCUACAAGGCCAUUGAGACGAUUCCACCAGACCAGGAACUUUUGGUGUGGUAUGGGAACUCGCAGAACAGUUUCCUUGGUAUUCCCGGUGUGCCCGGAAUGGAGGAGGAACAGAAAAAGAUCAAACAUGAUGAGUUUGGCGGCUUAGACGUUUCUGGACCAGUACUUUCCGGUCGCAUGCGCUGCGUAAUUUGCCACCGUGGUUUUAACUCCCGCAGCAACUUGCGCUCCCACAUGAGGAUCCACACACUGGACAAGCCCUUUGUAUGCCGUUUUUGCAAUCGUCGGUUCAGCCAGUCUUCCACCCUCCGCAACCACGUUCGACUGCACACCGGGGAGCGCCCAUACAAAUGCCAGGUCUGCCAAAGUGCCUACUCCCAGCUGGCCGGCCUUCGAGCCCACCAGAAAAGUGCAAGGCACCGUCCACCCAACAACUCCAUGCAGGCUCAUUCUCCCACACUGCCUGUGCCACACCCAGCCUCUUUGGCGCACCACAUCCCUACUAUGGUGUUGUGAAGAAUGGCUGCUAUUGACAGAGCUCAACUGACAGACACUUUAUGCGUUGGGCCUUGGACUGAGGUGGCUCUCUGACUUUUUAUUUUUGUAGUUCGAAUCUACUCCUACCUAUGCUCUGCAGCUUUUUUACACUCUACCUACCAAACUGAUAGCGAAAUAAGACAUUUUACUGAGUAGAUGAACCUAACUGCUAAGUGAAAUAAUGGAAUUUUUGCAACUGGUUACCUGGCUAGACAGUCUAUCCAUCAGAUAAAUGUGCGAAGACUGCAUUGCUCCCCCUAGGGGCAGAACAGUCUUAGUACAAUAAAGUAUACCAGAUGCCUAUAUAUGAUAAAGGCAGCCAUUUUGAGUGACAAACCAAUAUUAAUGAGACAGCAACUGAUCAAACUACAAUGAGCCAGUAACAACGCUGAGGUAUCAGGCACAUUGUGGCUCAUGCUUUAGUGACAUCGCUGGUUCCAAGCAAAUUUAUAGCCAGCAUUCUCAUGAAUUGGUACAUGACACAUAAUGGCUGCCACCAGUGUGUGUAUGUUAUGGGGACACUUAAUAUAGACAAUGAGUACCUCAGGCACUAACCCAAUAAAAACAAUGCAGUGUAUUUAAAUACACUGCAAAGUUUUUUUUUAUUAUGGAAGCACCUGAGGUACCCAUUGUCUAUAUAAUCUUCUACUGAGGGAAGGUGGAUCCCCACAACCAUCACUGCAGCCUUCUCACCUAUAUAUAAAAACACAAAGCGUCCAGCACAGCCCUCAUCCAAAGUAUUGGGACACUUAACACUUCUUUAACUGGCACGGCCUCCAUGUAUUUGAUCUGUAGAAGUCUAUGCUACCCUCAUCUUAUUCACAAACAUCAGUCACAUUGAUGGCUUAUAGAAUAUGUGACCAAGUGAGGUGCCAUUGAAAAAUUUGCUUUGUUAGCCAUAGUAAUGUGUAAGUCCACAGUUAAUUACUUGCUCACUUACAUGAAAACAGCUUUAAUGAUUCUGUAGAACUGUAUAUGCCAGCCAGGAACUCUGGUAGCUGUUGAAUCACAUCUUCCAAAAUCCCAGUUCUGACAGAGAACAAAAAUGUGGGUGGUAUAAAUGCAAUGUAGUAGAGGUGUGAAAAGCUGCAAGCUUCCACUCCGUCCUGCAGACAAGUUUAUUUUGACAAGACUGGCAGCCAUUUUGUUUCAACACAGUGGAUGUUCCCUGAGGCAGGAUAUACAUUAUCUACACCACUAAUGCAUAGUCAGUGAUCUAAGCCCUUCAAAGCUAAAUAUCCUCUUUCCAUAUCUCUGCCAAUUGUAUGGAUAAAACUGUACUCCAGUUACUGUUUCCUGCUACAUAUGGCAAGGUAUUUUGUAUAAAGGAGUAUAUAAAUAUCUAAAUAAAUAGCUAUAUAUAUAUAUAUAUAUAUAUAUAUAUAUACAUAUAUAUAUAUGUAUAUACAUACACACACAUAUAUAUAUAUAUAUAUAUAUAUAUAUACACAGUUUACAUACACAUAUCUAUACAUAAAAAAAUAAAUAAAAUAUAAAUAUAUAUAUAUAUAUAUCACCUCUAAAGUAUAUAUAGCAUUUAAACAAGACAGUGUUCGAAUGACAAUAAAUACAAAACAAUCCCCACUAUUAAGUCACUUUAUAUGUGUAAAUACUGAAUGUAAAAUCUUUGAUAAUAUUCCCUGACAUCAUAUGUAUAAUACUUGUAAGUAAUUUGUACUUCUCUGUAAUUAUCAUAUAUUC